AUGGCGCCUGAGGCCCAGGAUCAAUGCGGGAAGCGGAUCUCGGUGAGCUGUGAGCGCCUGCGGGCCCUCCUGCCCUGGUUCGAUGGCCGAUGGGAGGACAUGGCCUCGGUCCUGGAGAUGUCAGUGCAGUUCCUCCAGAUUGCGGGCACCAUGGUGCCCAGUGGGGAACAGCAGACCGCCGUCACCCCCUCCGAGGAGGGGUGGCACAAGUGGCCGAAGGACGUUUUGCAGCUGCCCCUGACGAGUGAAACCCCAGCAGGUGCACCAGACCCCGGGACAGGAGCAUCUGCAGCCGGACCCCCGAACUGUGCGACCACAGGUGUGAACCAGGGUGAGGCCCCCAUGGGGGUGGCCAAGGUGCUGGACAGGCCAGUCGCCCUCCCUGGGCCUUCUAAUCUGGCUGCCUGGACCCCAGGCCUGAGUCCCUCCCAGGUCCUGAGGCCGCCCCUAGCCUGGCCUCCCUGCUCUUGGCAGCCAGCCUCCCCUCUGACUGUGUCUCCACAAGGGCGUCAGGACAAGUGGUCACUAGAGGGCAGAAGUAGCAGUGUCCGCUCUGGGGCCCCGGUCAGGAGCAGCCCGAUGGACACGACAGAACCGGACUUGCUGGUGGACCCAGGGCCCAGCUCCCAGGAGUUCCCGGACGGCCCUCUGGAGCCAUGGGGCUGGGAUAUAGGCUGCCCGGGCCUGGCCUUUCGGGACGAGGUGGACAGCAUCUUCCUCGACGACUUUGCCUACUAG